UGCAUCGGAAUGGUAAGACGAGAAUGUGCAUGGAGGACCCUGGUACGGUGUGGAGUAGUUGAAGAGUUGAUGAAGAGAUAUUGGCUAUAAAUCAUUCACGUUUAAACUUGUGUAUCCUAAAUUAAAGUAUAAGCAGGUCUCCUUCAUCCCCGGGGCAGGUCAGAGUGACUGGCUGAUGGAAAUAGAGAAAAGAAAAAAGGGGAAAUCUCUUCGCUGAAGCGCCAUGCACUGGCGGAGCAACAUUUAACGCUUAUUUUUUUUGGCUGAAAUGUAGUUUAUCGUCAACUGGUGGACCAUGUAGUAAGUGUUUGUGCUUGCAUGUAGUAUGAUAUUGAGUCCGAUAUGUCUAAUGUGACGCCGAGUAAAAGCGUGGAAUGGCUGCAACUCGAGUUAGAGUCCGGAGGCACUUCUCUGCUCCUGCUGGACUGCCGUUCACAUGAGCUUUAUGAAUCAUCCCACAUAGAGACCGCCAUAAACCUGGCCAUACCGGGGCUGAUGCUCCGGAGGUUCAAAAAGGGCAACAUACCUAUCCGGACUAUCAUCCCCAACCAUGAGGAUAAAGAGAAGUUCAUAAGGCGGUGCAAGACGGACACGGUGGUCCUGUACGAUGAGAGCACCGUGGACUGGCAGGACAGCGGAGCCUCAGUUCUAGGUCUACUUCUUCAGAAACUAUGGGAAGACGGCUGCAAAGCGUUUUACCUUCAAGGUGGAUUUGUAAAGUUCCACACAGAGUACCCAGAGCACUGUGAGACCCUCCUCGACAGCUCCUGUCCCAGCUCCUCUCCUCCGCUCUCUGUCCUGGGCUUUGGAAACCUCAGAAUCAGCUCUGAUUGUUCCGAUGGGGAAUCUGACCGAGAGCCGAGCAGUGCCACAGAGUCUGAGGAGAGCCCCAUCCCCAGCAAUCAGCCCGCCUUCCCCGUCCAGAUCCUUCCCUACCUUUACCUGGGCUGCGCCAAAGACUCCACCAAUCUAGACGUGCUGGGCCAGUACAACAUCAAGUACAUCCUGAACGUUACACCCAAUCUCCCCAACAUGUUUGAGCAUGAAGGCCACUUCAGGUACAAACAGAUCCCCAUCUCGGAUCACUGGAGUCAGAACCUGUCCCAGUUCUUCCCAGAGGCCAUAUCAUUUAUAGACGAGGCUCGCUCUCAGCAGUGUGGCAUCCUGGUCCACUGUCUGGCCGGCAUCAGUCGCUCAGUCACAGUGACCGUGGCCUACCUGAUGCAGAGGCUCAACCUCUCUCUCAACGAUGCUUAUGACUUUGUCAAGAGGAAGAAGUCCAACAUUUCGCCAAACUUCAACUUCAUGGGUCAGCUCCUGGACUUUGAGAGGACGCUGGGGCUGCACAGUCCGUGUGAUAACCGCUCCACCAGCGAGGAGCAGCUCUUCUUCACCACGCCAACCAAUCACAACGUCUUCCAGCUCGAUACACUGGAGUCAACAUGAGGAUGGAUUGGACAGCCUUUGGACAGUCAUUUCCUGUCGUGUCUCUUAAGGUUCUCCUGAGCCUCUCAGAUACAAAGCUGACACAAGCAGUAGGUCAGUUACACUAUUUCUGCACCAAAAGUACAACAUUGAUCUCUUAAAGUAACAGAGAACGUGAUCCAUUAGAUCCAGCCUGCCUUAAUUUCUAACAAAAGAAGACUUUUGCUACCCACCAUACAUGGCAUUAAUCAAUGGUCAUGUAAGACCAUAAUAACAGGACAUUUCAUUACUUUUCUAAUAAAUCUAGGAUUGUUGUUUGUUAUUCACCAGCUGUAAAGCGGAUGUUAAUGUAUUCCUUUCAGUUUAUAGUUUUGAUUAUUGCCUUGAUGGUCUAGUAGGAGUAUUCGGCCAAUCAGAAUGUUUUCUGGGGACCAAUCCGAGAUAUUUUGAUGGUACACUAGCUGAGGGAAAUAAGCUAUUACAGUGAUCCGGCCUUGAAUAAUUGUCCAGUUUUUCUUCACAGCUCACUUUCAGCAGAAUGGAGUUACCACAGAAAGAAUUAGAUUAUUUUGCUUUGAAUCAGAAUACUAACUUCUGUUGAACACCUUGAUGUUAAAGAGUUAUUCUUUAACAUCAAGUGGCCCCUUUCUGUUCAUACAUAUUGUUUACCAAAAACGCCCCUGUACAUUCUAUUGCUUAUAGCUGUAUUAUUUGCAUGUGAUUAUGUUCUACUUUGUUCUGUAACUUUAGGUCAUAUUUCCUGUUGUUGUUGAGGCCUAACCAUAACUUAACAUGAAAUUGAAUUAUAUGUCGGUUACCAGGUCGAGGUUUAGUGUAUGCCCCGAUUUGAAAGGAACACAUGUGUAAGUAAUCAGUGUAUAAAGAAAUGGAUGUUCACCUUAUUUCCUCCUCCGACAGUCUUCCGUCUGCAGCUACUCCUCCUGUGGCACAAUAAUGUUAAGGGAAACAUAAUGUGUAAUUAGCUGUUCUCUAUUGCCAGUCUCGUCGCAGAACAAAUGAGUGAGUUUGAUGUAUGAGAGGGAAUGAAAGGAAAAGAGUUUGACAAAUGUGUUCUUACCUCACAAAGAGACAUUUUUCAGGGAUUUUUAUACAAGUCAUCUGUAUCUCGUCAUGGCCUCUUAAAGUGCAUCCAAGGGCUGUUUCGUUUGGUAUGUUUGUAAAGAUGUACAUAAAAUGUGGUUGCUAUGGGGGACAUUUUCUUAAAAUCAUGAAGGAUGCGAAAGUGACCCUAUUUUGACCCUUAUGUAUAGUAUAUGUAAAGCGAUAUGUCCAAGACAUUCUGUACAAGUUUAUACAACAAAUAUAUUGUAUAUUUUUACUUGAA